GAAGCAUCACCUUUACAUCACCUUUACACUGCUUUGUUUAAUCUCCUGCUAUAAAUACCAUUUCGUAUACUCUCCUAUUUCCCACCAAGAGCUUAGCUUAAAAGUUACGAACAGUUUUAGAACUCUUAUCCAAAGCGUAAAACCCUUUAUUUCUCUAUAAACAUCAAAUUCUUGUCUUGUAUUUGGAUUGUCAAGGAAAGCAAAAAUAUGGCAAGCACGGCUGGAAAGGUCAUACGUUGCAAAGCUGCUGUGGCUUGGGAGGCUGGGAAACCACUGGUGAUUGAAGAAGUGGAGGUGGCACCUCCACAGGCUAAUGAAGUUCGUGUGAAGAUCCUCUUCACUUCUUUAUGCCAUACUGAUGUCUACUUCUGGGAAGCUAAGGGACAAAAUCCUUUAUUCCCUAGAAUAUAUGGUCAUGAGGCAGGAGGAAUUGUCGAGAGUGUGGGUGAGUGUGUGACAGAUCUCAAACCAGGAGACCAUGUUCUCCCUGUGUUCACAGGGGAAUGCAAGGAAUGUGCUCACUGUAAAUCAGAAGAGAGCAACAUGUGUAGCCUCCUCAGGAUAAAUACAGAUAGAGGAGUGAUGCUUAAUGAUGGAAAAUCAAGAUUCUCUAUAAAUGGCAAGCCCAUUUAUCACUUCGUUGGGACCUCAACCUUUAGUGAGUAUACUGUGAUUCACGUUGGCUGUCUUGCCAAGAUCAACCCCUUGGCUCCUCUUGACAAAGUCUGUGUUCUCAGUUGUGGAAUCUCCACAGGUUUUGGUGCUACCGUCAACGUUGCAAAGCCUCCAAAGGGCUCAUCCGUGGCUGUGUUUGGACUGGGAGCUGUAGGCCUUGCUGCUGCUGAAGGGGCUAGAAGUGCUGGGGCUUCAAGGAUAAUUGGUGUUGAUUUGAACUCGGCAAGAUUCGAGGAAGCAAAGAAGUUUGGGGUGAAUGAGUUUGUGAACCCAAAGGACCAUAAGAAGCCAGUUCAAGAGGUGAUUGCUGAGAUGACUGAUGGAGGAGUAGACAGAAGUGUUGAAUGUACAGGAAACAUUGAUGCCAUGAUCUCUGCAUUUGAAUGUGUCCAUGAUGGUUGGGGUGUUGCAGUCCUCGUGGGAGUGCCCCAUAAAGAUGCUGUCUUCAAGACUCACCCUAUGAAUGUUCUAAACGAAAGGACUCUCAAGGGUACCUUCUUCGGAAACUACAAGCCUCGCUCUGACCUCCCUUCAGUUGUGGAGAAAUAUAUGAACAAAGAACUUGAAUUGGAAAAGUUCAUAACCCAUUCAAUACCAUUUUCUGAGAUCAACAAGGCCUUUGACUACAUGCUUAAAGGGGAAAGCCUUCGAUGCAUUAUCCGAAUGGAGGAAUAGAAUUGCUGAAGUUUGUGGUGAAGCAAUAAAUGAUGCAGUUUUUCUUAUGAGUGAAAUACCUUGUGAAUAUGGCUUUAUAUUUGUACCUUAUCAGUUUUACAGUGUUCUGUUUUCAUCAA